CUCCCAUUUGGAGAUUCGUAAAGUAUUUUUCAUGUAAACAGAAAAAUGGAAAAUGUCACCGAAUUAGAGUGCACAAUAUUUCCUGAUAAUCCUCACCAAUGUGAUGUUGUUAUAGCAGUUAGAAGGACAACAGGAGCCUUAUCUUUAGUAGGAUGUUUCUUUAUGAUAGUUGUGAUAUGGCUGUUCAAGAAAUAUACAGUUUUUGCACAGAGAUUAAUUUUAUACCUCAGUAUAGCAGCAUUUUUUUGUUCCAUUGCCUAUUUGAUGGGAGGUCUUGUUCCUGAUGGAGCCACUUGUCAUUUUCAAGCUUGGUUUUUACAAUUUUUUGAUUUUUCUGUUCUGUUAUGGGUAGCCUGUAUAACAUUUAACUUAUUUAUGAAUGUUGUUAGAAGGACAACUACAGAGAAGUUCGAAUGGUUAUACCAUGUGUUCUGUUGGGGAGUAUCAUUGGUAUUGUCACUUCUUCCAUUUAUAAAUGACCAUUAUGGACCUGCAGGUGCUUGGUGCUGGAUAGAGUCUGAUAUUGGUUGGAGAGUAGGCAUAUACUAUGGACCAUUGUUUGUUAUAUUGAUAGGAUUAGUUAUCACAUAUUCAUACAUUGUAUACAGCUUAUAUAGAAAGGCCUCCAGCUGGCAAGGUACUUAUGAUCCAGACACAGAAAGACAGAAACAAAUGUUAAAGGAGGAUAUCAAGCCUCUAACAGCUUAUCCUUUUGUUUACAUUGCUGUUUCUAUAUUUCCACUGAUAAAUAGGAUACAGAAUGCUGUUGCACCAGAUUCUCCAGUGUUUGCUCUGGUUGUGCUACAAGCUUUAUCUUCUCCAUUACAAGGUGCUGUAAAUGCUGUUGUGUAUGGUUUAGACAGAGAAACUUUCAGCAGGCUUACACCGUCACAACUUAAGAUGGCCUUGCGUAGUCACACAUCACCCCAAAAACCCAGGGAAUAUCCUCUAGCUUAUGAUGAAGAGCCGUCGUCUCCUUCUCGCCCUGACCGUUAUAGUAAGGUGUCGUACUCCAGACUUCAUUGAGAUUGCGAUUCAGCGUAAGUUUCAGCGUGAUGAAGGUAUACAGGAAUACACCCCUAACUAUGACAUGGCACAAUCCAUAGAGCAUGCAGAAGACCGUGAUCCUGAGCACCAAGAUUAUUAGGGAACACAUAUAAAACAGAUGCUAAUCCUGUGCAGGAGACUUUUAAAUCAUUAUUUAUUAAUACAUGUUAUGCUUUUCAUAAUCAUUUAAAAAAUCAUGGCAAUGCAACUGUUAGUUUGCUGUAAUAAUUGUCAGUUCAUGUGUAUUUAUUAUUGUAGAAUUUAGUGUUGUUAAAUUUAAGAUCAAUUAUCACUUCCUGUUGCUUCCUCUAUAUUAUUAUGUUAGAAAAAAUACUCUGUUUGACAUGUUCAUAUAACCUUUUUAUGGAUUGUCAUUAAGUAAGCCAACUUUUGAAUGUUAUUUUUAUGCCCCACCUACGAUAGUAGAGGGGCAUUAUGUUUUCUGGUCUGUGCGUCCGUUCGUUCGCCUGUCCGUCUGUUCGUUCAUCCGUCUGUUACACUUCAGGUUAAAGUUUUUGGUCAAGGUAGUUUUUUAUAAAGUUGAAGUCCAAUCAACUUGAAACUUAGUUUACAUGUUCCCUUUGAUAAGAUCAUUCUAAUUUUAAUGCCAAAUUAGAGAUAUUAUUCCAAUUUUAUGGUCCAGUAAACAUAGAAAAUGAUAGUGCAAGUGGGGCAUCCGUGUACUGUGGACACAUUCUUGUUUAUUUUUAUUUUAUUAAUUUUUCAUAAAAUCAGAUGUUGCUUUUUAAGCUACCAAAACUUUCUUUAAACUCUUUCCUAGCCAUUUAUCAUGAACUGCAUUAUGGCCUUGUCUUAAAACAGAUUAUAAAAAUUUUGGUGAAGUUGCUUACAGUAAAAUCAUUAGGAAUUUUAUUCACAGACACAGGAUAAGUAACAUUAUGUCCAUGUGAUCACAUAUAUGAAACAUUUAAGCAAUCACAUUAUUUUAAAUAGUCGUAAACAUUUAACUAAUCCAAUACAGUUAAGCUACUGUGUGUAUAUUUCAAACCCUCGGAUACUAAUUUUGGUGCUAUUAUUUUCAUUCUCAUAUGUCAUUCUUUUCUGAAUCCCCUAUGCCAUUCUUAGCUGAAUUCCCUAUGCCAUUCUUUUCUGAAUUCCCUAUGCCAUUCUUAACUGAAUUCCCUAUGCCAUUCUUAACUGAAUUCCCUAUGCCAUUCUAAACUGAAUUCCCUAUGCCAUUUUUAACUGAAUUCCCUAUGCCAUUCUUAACUGAAUUCCCAAAAUGCAGAUAAUGCACAGAGAGAGUAGAAAGAAAGUUUUAAUUUUUUAACAAGUACAAUAAUCAUCAUCGUCAUUAUGCAGCUAUUUUUUUAUAUGUAAGGUGGAUAAGGUUAAACAGCUUUAUUUUGAAUUAUUAUCUUAUUGUACUUAUAUGCAAACAAGUCAUGUGCUUCAGCAGGUGUGCUGAAUUUAUUCAAGGGAUUUAUGUUUUGUUUUUUAAAUUAUCUUGUUUUUAAUUGUCUGAUUAUGAACAAAUAUAUCAGUGAUGAAUUGAUUGUUAGAUUUGAUAGAGAUUAAUGACAGUAAAUGAUAUGAGAUUGAUAAUAUAAUGAUGUUUCAAGUAUUAGUAAUCAGGUUUUGUUAUUUAUUUACAUGCAUGUUAGACAAUAACUAGAUCAAAUAAAGGCAGUCGUCCUAUUCCAACAAACAUGUUAAACCAUUCCAUUGUUGUUAUAAUAUAUAAGGACAGUAUGUUUUACUUUUUCUUUGGGACUUAAAAGAAAUUUAUUUUCAUUUUGAAAUAGAUAGUCUUUAAGUGUGAUAUUUUCUGUUUGAGUAUAAUAAAAAUGUCUGUGUUGCCACAUUGAGGGUGAUCAUUAUACAAUCUUAUGCAUUUUAAUCUCUUGUAGGCAUAUUUUGUUCAAUUUAGUUAGUAUUUAUAGAGAACUGGGUAUUUAUAUUCUUUCAAAGGUCUACAUAAUUGAUAACCUUUUCAAGGGGAAACACUCUGUCAGUGCGAACAUUUUGAUUAAUUAUCAUGGUUAUUUAGUUAGAGCGUAAGAGAAUCAGUCUAACACAAAAGGAUGUUCACUUAUUUACUUUUUGAUACAGUAUAUUUUUUGGAAAAUCAAUCUUUUUGGGAGGGCUGAAUUUAUAUCUAAAUGUUCUUUGGAAGAUCCAAAAACGAGGCUUAUUUGUAAUUGAAAGUAUAUAGUGUAUAUAUUAUGGCAAAUACCAUUGUGUUAUAUUAAAGUUAUUGUUUUAUAUUUUUACACAAGUACUUAAUUUGAAUUGUUGAAGCUUUAGUUUUGCUUUUAUUGCUUACUUUAGAUAUUGAUGCUUAUUGGUGACUUUGGGACCUUUUAAUUGCCUUAGAUUCUUUUUCAUAUAUUAGAAAUGAUCAUCUAUUCUUACUAUGUGAAUUUGUAUAAUUUGAACUAAUAAGUAUAGUAAUACCUGUUUAUUCUAUCUGGAUUUGGAUAAUGGUCUUUGAUUCAAACAAGUAACCAGUUCUUCAAUUUACACUGCAAGUUUUACAUUCAGUUUGUGUGUCAACACUGUGUGCAUCUUAUAUUUGUUCCUUGUUAUGUAAAUACACUCAUCAUAGAUAACAGGAUUCAAAUUUUGUCAGCCAGUUUGACUUGAGUUUGUGCAUGAGUUUCGUGUAGAUAAGACUAAUCAGUGAUAUUCCAAUUGAAAAAGUUGAAAAUGCCAAAUAAAAUAUGAAGUCAAAGAGCUCUGAAAGGUUUUGACAAAACCAACUAAGGUAUUUCAUUCCUGGAAUAUUUCAUAAAUUUUCAUAAUCAGUCAUAAUUUAUAUCAUACAGCAGUGCUGACUACUGGGCAGAUUUUGAUUCCCUGAACUCUUAUGACUUGCUUUCAUGAAGCUGUAUUGAUAAUAGCUAGAAAGAUGUAUAGAGAUGAUCAAAUGUUUAUAUACAUCAUUUAGUUGUGAAUAAAACAUUUGUUGUGCAAUUUUAUUUAAUACCUUAUAUGAUCAGAUACAAAUGCAAUACUCACAGAUAAAGAGAAAAAGAUAUAAAAACUAAAAUAUUUUUAAACUAUAAUUAUAUUGCAUCAUGCUUCAGUUUGAAACAUAGUUUUAUAAAGAUUUUUAAUAAUACCAGACUUGCAGAAUACAGUUUACAAUUAUAUAUAUAUAUAUCCGUUUCAGCAAGGUCAAACAAAAUAACAGUGUGUGUUUAGGGUUUCCUCUUUGGAGAACAAUAGGGUAGAUACAUAGAAAUUCUUUUUUUUUUUAAUUCACCUUCUUUUUUUUUUCCUUAAGUGUAUUGGGAAAGCUGCAAUUUUGCACUUAUAGUCUAUGAAAAGUGCCAAUAAAACAUUAAGGAAGGCAUAAUAAAAUAGAGUCUGCUUGCAAACCUUAAACAUUUAUUUUAAAUGUUGGUCUAAUGAUGUUCUUAAUAUACUGGUGUUUUUAAUACAUUUGAAAAAAAAGUUGAUUUAUAGUUGUUGUAUUUAUAGAUUUUUAUAAUUAAAUAUAAAAUAUGAUUUAUUUUUGUAUACUAUUAUUUAAAAGAUCAAACCAUAAAUGUGAUAUUCAGUCAGAAUUAUUAGUAUAAAAUAUGUUAUAUCAAAAACACUUCCCUAAAACUUACAUUUUUCUAUUAAAUGAACAAUUGAAUUGUUUGAAAGUUAGUAAUCUGUAUCAUGUCUUUGAUGUUUAUCAACAUGAACAUGACCUUGAGUUAUAAAUGUUUUGGAUUGGAUAUGCAUAAGCACACCUUGUUCACACUUUUAGAGUUACACAUGUUGAUUUCUGAAAAAAAUAAGUAGGGUUCAAGUUUGUUUUAUAUCACGAUGUUGUGAAUUUGACAUGAAAAUGUAGAUAACAAGAAAUAAGUAAUAUGUUGUAAACAAUAACAUUUUAUACUGCUAUUGACUUGAGGCAGGUUUUUUUUCAUGUGAUAUAUAUGAUUAAUUAGGGGUAUAUUUGGCUUAAGUUAAAUAUUUCUCAUUGCUACUUUGUUUUUAUUUCUUUUAAAAUAUACAGGAAACUAAUUGUGGAUCAUUCAGGUAUCACUGUAUUAAACUUGUUGUUGGAAGUCAUACUGGCUUGUUUACAACUUCUUAACAAAUGUUUUUAAAUGGAAUAUAUGUUCACAACAAACAGUUUUUAAAUAGUUUUGUUUCCAAAUUUUUAUUUGAAAAGUAAUCACAUCUGUAAAAUAUAUGUUGUAAAAAUGAAUAAAUGUUCUUGUUACAAA